AUGAAAGUAUUAGUAUUCACCUUUGAUAACACAAAUUUAUACAAUCGCUAUUAUAAUGAUGGUGAAAAUAAUUUUGUGAAUGAUAUGAUUGAAUAUGUUAAUGUAAAAAACGAAGAAGAAAAAGCUGAAGAUAUAGCAAACAGAAAUGAUGAAGAUUACUAUAAUGAAAUUUUCACUUUAAUGAAAGAUAAAAUUAAAAUCAAAAGUUUUACCAGAAAUUUAGAUGAAUUUUCAUUCACUAAUUAUGAUCUGAUUUUAUCUGUAUUAAGCUUAAUAAAUGUUCAAAAAUUUGAUGUGGAAGAUACAAUAGACAGCUAUAUA